AUGUAUAAGAAUACAGAGCAUCAUAGCUCAGGUAGUCUAUACUCGAGAGGUGACGAUGACGAUGAAGAUGACAUCUUCUACGAUGCCCUUGAGACCAACCCCUCAUGGGCAACAACCAGUAACAAUAGCAAUAGCAAUAAUACUCCAUUGGCCUCGCCUCGUGGUGGUCCUCGACAGGUACCACAACUGCAACAGCCACUGCCACAGUCACAGCCACAAACACAAUCAUCUCAAUCAACUAUAUCAUCUACAACAUCUUCAUCAUAUACAUCAUCAAUAUCGUUAAACUUCCAACAGAGUAGCAUGUCUUGCUCUCCACCAAUCAGUAGCUCAUCAUCAUCCACACCAAACUCUUCGCCAUCUUCCUCACCAACAUUGAGCACUCAUUCAUUACAUAAUCAUCGUACAUCGCCUUCCACUUCAUCAAUCUCAAUAUCAAGUUCAAACUCCAACUCUUCUUCAUCUUCCACCUCAUCCUCGUCAUCAUCAACUUCGAUCAAGUCAUCUAAACGUAACUCCAAAGUACUGCAUAUUAUCAAGUCCAAGAAGGAUGAGCUGCAUCAUCUAUUCUCCAGCAGCAAGGAAAUGACAAGACUGGACAUCAGCCAGCCACAGCCAGAAGAGCAGACACCCCAACUUGUGACUGGACCCUCACAUCCAAGCCAUGAGAGCCGUCUUCGCAAGCUCCUCAAGAGACACUCAGAGAGCACAACCAUCACCUCCUCCACCUCUUUGACCAGCAGUGGCGAGUCUCCAACAUUGUCAAGUAGUUGUAACAUUGAACAACAACAACAUAGUACCACCGAGAGGAGUGAAGGUGGUCGCGUGUCUCGAUGGUUCAAGAGUCUCCACAGCAGUGGCGGUAUCAGCAACAGUUCGGGCAGCGGCAAUGGUGGUGUUGGCAGCAGUAGUGGUGGCGGCCAUCAUAGGAGAAGAUCCAAGGAGAAGCUACUGUCCUCAAGCUAUCAACUGGUCCAAACGAUAAAUGGCGCACACAAUGGAUCGAUAUGGGCCGUGGACAUCAGCCCUGAUGGCACCCUUCUGGCCACGGGCGGCUCAGAUGGUAUUCUGCGUGUUUGGCAACGCGCCGACUCCAAUAACGUUGUUCAGUCGUCGCCCGACAAGGAGGACGGCGACGACGGACCAUUCAAUAGCAAGCCCAUCGCCCAACUGUCAGGACACACUGGCCACAUCCUCGACAUCAAAUGGUUGAACAAUCACCGAUUGCUCACCUCCUCGAUCGACACCAAGGUCAAGCUUUGGGAUCUGCGAUCAAACGAAUGCACCAAGACUUUCGAGCACAAUGAUAUUGUCGUUUCAUUAAGUCUGGACAUUUCUGAAUCAAUGUUCCUAACAUCAACCUUGGAUGGAUGCAUCAGGAGAUGGUCAAUCGAGAAGAAUCAGCCCAUUGCCGAGACGCAAGUGGGCGAGUUCAUUACAACUAUCAACACCUGUCCCCAGCCAUACAACUAUGUCAUUGUCACAUCCCAUCUGGGCAAUGUCAUUGUCUACAAUCAGUCCACGUUGGAGUUGGUCACCAAGUUCAACAUCAAGGGCAAAGCAAAAGGACCCAAGAUCACCGGUGUCUGCCUUGUAUCGAGUCCUUCAAACGAUCAAAGUAUACUUGUCAGUUCAGACGACUCAAGUAUACGCCAGUUCGCAUUGAAGGAUUUCAAGCGUAUAUGCAAGUACAAGGGCAUGCAUUUGGAGAACUACCAAGUCAAGCCAACGGUAUCCCCAGACAACAAGUCCAUAGUGAUAGGUAGUGAGGACCAUAAUAUCUACCUGUGGGACAAUGUCACCGAGCUUCCACCACAACACCAUCAUCACAACAAUGACAAGAGACUGACUAUUGAGUCUUGCGAGUUCUUUACUGCGUUGAACAAGCCCAUUACGGCAACAGUCUUUUCCCGAGCAUUGGCACAGAACAGCACUGGCGCCAGCCAAGGCAACUACUGCUUGGUGGCCACAGACACGUCCGGUUCCAUUCUUGUCUACAAUAAAAUGCCAUAG